UUAUUUUUGCUGAACUGGUAUUUUCCGAUAUUGUUGAAGAAAGGGAAAUACUUUGAAUGGUUUUGAAACCAGGCUGUCAAAAAAAGAAGAAAAAUAUUUGUUCAAUUGUAAAAUCUGAAGAUUACUCUGUCAUUACACCAUAGAUUAGAACAGAUUCAGAAUGUCAUGUCCUGUAACAAUAGAACUUAGUGGAGGAGCAGAACUUUUGUUUGAUAACCAGAAGAAACUUGAAGUGGUAUUACCUGAAAAUUCAAAUCCAUGGACUAUCAAAACAAUGCUGCCAUGGGUUAGAGACAAUUUGCUGAAAGAAAGGCCAGAACUUUUUAUGCAAGGAGAAACUGUGCGUCCUGGUAUAUUGGUUCUAGUAAACGAUGCAGAUUGGGAAUUAAUGGGAGAGUUGGAUUACAGUUUACAGCCAAAUGAUAGGAUAGUGUUUAUAUCUACUUUACAUGGAGGGUGAUUGUUCUAUUGACAGAUGAAUUUACUUAACACGAUUUGGUAUAUUUGGUGUACAGAAUACUUGGGAGUAUCCUAUGUUAGGAAUGAUUACAAACUGUUUGACAUGGAUUUGUUGGAAGCUUCCAAGAAAAACAAUUUACAUUCUUCUAAACAAUUUGUGAUUCAUUAUCAAUUGAUAUCUAUGAAUUAAAAUUCGAAUAAAAAUAUAUUCAAUUCUUCU